UUGGCCCUGUUAUUUUAUUUCUUUUUUUCUCUUUCCCUUCGACGCCCUUCUGGCUCCCUCGUCGCGGAUCACUAGAGCACAUCCUCUCUCUCACCCAUGUCGCCUGCAGUCACGAAUCUUGUUCACAAUGGUAGCAACAUCGUCACAGCCAUGCAGCAUGCAAUCUUGAGAACUGAGUGAGACGUUACUGCAAGCCUUCCUCCGCAGAUGACACAAGUCGGCGUCGACGCAGUCUAGUGGAUCCAGCCAGUGUUUUCGAUCUGAUCCGAGACGAUGACGCGGGCCGAUGAAUGUGCUGCGGAGAGCAUCGAUGCGUCGUCGGAAUCUGUGACCUGAAAGAAUGAGUCGUGUCUGUGGGUGCAAGACUACGUGACUGAUGGCAAAUCUUUGUGAGCGGUGCAAGUCUCAGGACUCCCACCACGCAACAUACCCAUGCGGACGUGCCAAGUCCACCCCCAGAUCCACCCUGCAGCCCCGGCGCAUUGACAGGCCUGUGUAUGUGCGAACCAAAACCGCCGACGAUACGUGCAUUGUGGUGGGUGGUGGAGGCAGGAACGGCAGCCCGGCGUCACUUCAUCUUCCAACUACACCGAACAGGUGUAACAAGCUAAGUCUGGUUUGCAGCGGUUCCAGGGGCGGAGAACAGGGCAGGAUCCAGUUGAUGGGCAAUAGCGUUAUCAAAUCUAGCAAUGAAGGGCUGCGAAUCAUUCCGUGCAAGGGCAAGGGUGGGAAUUUGCAGAUCUGGAUGGGUGGAAAACCCGUCUUGCGAAUGGGAAGCUCGAAGGGCGGCCGCGCCGAUGGCAGCGGAGGCAGAGGACGAGGAGAAGCUGUCUUUAACGGAGCAGGUGAAGGUGGAUUCCAGCUAAAUUUUGGUAAGGGAGUAGACAGGAGCCCUUCAAUUACUUGCGGGUCAGGUAGUAUCGGAAACGUGGACAUCAUCUACGGUGUGUUCUUUAUUUUCAGACCUCUUAGGAGAAAGCUUGACAUGAAUCAUAUCAAGCCGACAAUUACGCAUAUGAUCCACAGGAGAGCUGGAAAUGGAAUCGAAAAUGACUGCAUGUCGAUUCAAUUUUUUGCACCCGAGCCACUAAAUUAGCCGAGAGGAUCAGCUGUCAAUUGGCUAUGUGUUGAAAACCUAGAUAUGCCUUCUAUGUUGGUGAAGGGGCAUUAACCAUUGCAAAGGACAAUGAAACGUAACCAACUCUUUAGAUGGAGCGCUAGGAAGAAAAGUAUGAAGAUUGUUAACGAAAAGUUGAACACUAAGCCAAUCACACCUCUGAAUCAUGUUCAAAACUCACCCCUAGAGUUCCACUGGAUAAAAUUUAACCCUUAACUAAAGUCUAGUCGGCAACUUCCCUUCGGCUUGCGUUGUUGUUGUGCAGAAAGGACACGCAGGAGCAAUUCAAAGCAAGACUUAGACGUUUGACGACACAAAGCGCUCUUGUUCCUGUCUGAAGGCUGUUCUCAAAUGCCAGAAUCAAAUACCUGGUAACUUCAGAGGCAUUCUCUCCCAAAUCAGAGAGAACUGAUUCUUGUAAAAGUGGGAUAUCACUUCCCAAUUUAGUGGAUCUAAAAUCUGCUACACUUAGAGCAGUGUGAUAGUCGCAGUCCACCAUUCAAUUCCAGGUUGGCAAAGAGGCGCAGAAACAGGAAAUCAACAUGAGAUACACUGAACUGACUGUAAGCUGUGAAACAUUGAAUUUCUGGAGAAAAUUGAAGCUCUCGACUAACACAAAGGGAUAACGAGGGGUCAGAGAGGGCCUGAUCCAAGGAAACUCAAACAAACAAACGUGUAGGUCGGGAGGGGUGGACUCAAGGGGUUUGCAAUACUGUGCAAGAACAAAUUGAUACGAUGAGUGACAGGCACACUUUUGGUUAUCAGGAUAUUUCGGUUCCAAAUCAUAAAUGCUAUUCAAGAGAGAAAAAUCGCCAGGUUCAGGAAUACCAAACUUAAAAGUGUCGAAAGUUCCGUAAAGUUCCUGUUGAUUAACAAGUUUGAGCAUUCUUUCUUAAUAACCUUUUCUACUUUCUACUUUUACGAUCCAGGGUUGGAAUACUAAUAUCAGGGUCCCAGUGGAACCAUCAUCCAGUCCAGCUCCGUGAACUUAUAUUCCAAGGACAGGGUUUCAGAACUUGGACCCAACUCAAGAGCUCGAAAAACAGCAUAGAAUGAGGCAUCGACAAGGCGGAGCCAGGUUUUCAAUGCAAGCUGCAUCACUGAGAGAUCAACAUGUGAAACUGUUCCCACAAAUGAGUGAAGAAAAGCGUCCUUGCUGCAGUGACCCAGUCUAUGACAGCUCAGAGGAUGGGCAGACUCCAAGUAUGGCGUUUGUAAUGUGCAAACAUUGCAGGGAAAACGUGCUCAAUCCAUCUGAAGAGGAACAAGGAGAACGUGAGAGGGUGUCAUCUUCAUGAAUGAAUCGGCACAGAUGAUGCGGAAGAACAAACCAGUUGGUUGUCGAUCAGAACUGAAACAAUUAGAUGUAGUUCAUCAUGAUCACUUAUUCUGAAAAGCUGUAGGAUACCUGGAUUCAUUAGCUCAAAAGGAAUUGAUUGUGUGCUUGUUGACUGUCAUUCCUGUAGUGCUUACCAUGGAUUGGAAAAUUAAAAUUGCUCAACUUACUCGUUCAAAAAACAAAGAAACAAUUCUUUGUUCUACUCUGCAACCCCUUAUUUUCACUGUGUUUUUAUUUUCUUUUAUUGUAUUGACAAUUCAAUGGUGUAUGUUUCAUAAA